AUGCCCACAGUCAAGUGUUGCCUGGGCAGCAAAGGACUGCCCCAUAAGCCUCGUGAUGGGGGGUUCUCUUCCUGCAACAGCCUUUCUAGCAGUGCUGAGGUCAAAGUGGAGAUGACUGGUGUCUUAGCUGAGAUGUAUGGAAUAUUGGAGUCAUCCACUCACACAGUUUUCAAUCUGCAGCAUGAAUCAAAGAGUCAGCUGAAUCAUGAGGCACUUCUCCUUCUUGAUGUAGCACAUGCACAACAUGAAGUCUUUCAUGUGGAACAAGCUCUGGCCACAUGCAUCACCCAUGAAUACAAAUCGAUAGCCAAGUUGUACAAGUACAAGGUGGGCAGUGGCGAGGCAAGAGUCCAUGAAAAAGAUAUGGAGGCACAGUUAUUGAGCAUGCUGGUAGUUGAAUACUUGCCAUUUGUCUAG